AUGAGGGUAGAGGUUGAUAGUGGCAACGACAAUGACUCAUCGUCGUCUAGCUCAUGUGUAUCAUCAGACAUUUCAUCGGAUGAAAGCUUGGUGCUAGUGCUCAGGGACUGCAAACGGUGCUGGAGGUACUGCAUGGUGAGCAAGGAGUUCCCCACCUGCAUCAACUCCAAGCAGCCUUGCCUUAUUGGCUUUUGCAGUGAUGACAAGCACAACUAG